GUCUGCGCCAAACUGUCGUCGUAAAAUCACAGCUUGUUCAGCAUCGCCACAACACUGUUUUGCAGAAAAGGGGAUUUUGACGUCUGAUUUGGAACACAUUAACAGGUACGCUGGAAUUUUCGGACACCCACUCGGACAUGUCCUAUGUCUUCAUCAAUGACUCGUCGCAGACCUCCGUUCCCCUGCUCCAGGCCUGCAUCGACGGGGACCUGCUUUUCGGCAAGCGGCUCCUGGAGACGGGCUGUGACCCCAACAUACGGGACAACCGGGGCCGUACUGGCCUGCACCUAGCGGCCGCCAGGGGGAACGUGGACAUCUGUUGUUUUCUCCAUAAGUUUGGUGCGGACCUCCUGGCUACAGACUACCAGGGAAACACGGCGCUCCACCUCUGUGGACACGUGGAUACCAUCCAGUUCCUGGUGUCCAACGGUCUCAAGAUAGACAUCUGUAACCACAACGGGUACACUCCUCUGGUGCUGGCCAAGAGGCGCGGGGUGAACAAGGACGCUAUCCGCCUGCUGGAGGGCCUAGAGGAACAGGAGCUGAAAGGAUUCAACAGGGGAGCCCACUCCAAACUGGAGACCAUGCAGAUUGCUGAGAGCGAGAGUGCAAUGGAGAGCCACUCCCUGUUGAACCCUGACCUCCAGAACAGGGAGGGAGUCCUGUCCAGCUUCAGGACCACCUGGCAGGAGUUUGUUGAGGACCUGGGCUUCUGGAGGGUGCUGCUACUGCUGGUGGUCAUCGCCUUGCUCUCUCUGGGCAUCGCUUACUACGUCAGCGGGGUGCUGCCCUUCUCCGCCAGCCAGCUGGAGCUGAUACACUGAGGGAGGGGUGGAUGGACAGAGGCUGAAAGUUGGCUUGGGCUACAUUCUCGUUAUCCACCCUUGUCCAGAAGUGUGCACUUGCAUAGUCCCCCUUUUUAUGGAUUUAAAACCAUAGGAGUGGUGUAAGCGUUGGCUGGAUUCAACUUUUUUUAAAUCCUUAGGAGAAAGUGUGCAAGUGCACACUUCGGGAGAAGGGCGGAGAAUCGGGACUCAGCCAUGGAUGCAGCUGCAGUCUUCAUUUCCUGCACUUAUGUAUGUGUGUUAUAUGUUAUUUGCUUUGAACAUUUUCUCACUAUGGCCAGUUGUGCAUGAUAAUGCACAUCAUUUCAUGUGUCAUUCAUUUGUAUGACUAAAUAGACCAAAUAUCGACCAGUGACCAUCUUCUUCUUUCUGGAAUACUGACAGCUUUUAAAGCAUAACCGUCAAAAAAAGAAAAUAUUCCAGUACCAGUCAAAAGUUUGGAAACACCUUUUUAUUCAAGAGUUUAUAUAUAUUUUUUAUUGAAGAUUGUGAAAAGCUGUCAAGGCAAAGGGUGGCUACUUUGAAUAAUCUCAGAUAUAAAAUAUAUUUUGAUUUGUUUAACACUUUUUCGGUUACUACAUUUACAUUUUAGUCAUUUAGCAGACGCUCUUAUCCAGAGCGACUUACAGUAGAGUGCAUACAUUUUAUUACAUUUUACAUACUGAGACAAGGAUAUCCCUACCGGCCAAUCCCUCCCUAACCCCUAACCCGGACGACGCUAUGCCAAUUGUGCGUCGCCCCACGGACCUCCCGGUUGCGGCCGGCUGCGACAGAGCCUGGGCGUGAACCCAGAGACUCUGGUGGCGCAGCUAGCACUGCGAUGCAGUGCCCUAGACCACUGUGCCACCCGGGAGACUUACACUACAUGAUUCCAUAUGUGUUAUUUCAUAGUUUGUCUUCACUAAUAUUCUACAAUAUGGAAAAUAGUAAUCAAUGAUUUAUUUUUUCCGUGGAAUGAGUAGGUGUGUCCAACGUUUUGACUGGUACUGUACAUUUCUUACAUGCAGUUUCAUAACUUUUCAUGUCUAAUUUAGUUUUGACAGUAUUCAGCUCUAUAUGAAGAAACUGUUGCAUUAUGGACCUUUUUCCUGAUGUUGUCACAAUAUGUAUUUUUCUGUGUUGUGUGGAGUAACAAGCUGUAGAUUGAUAUAGUUAUUUUUGUGUAAUUAUUUACUUGUAUUUUGUUCUCUUUCUGUUUAUUGUUUUGAAAAGGCCCCAUUUGUUAAUUGAUUUACCCUACAGGGUCAAAUCCUCUUGCAAAGUCAAUAUUUUUGUUUUAUUUCCAUUCUUACCAUUUCAACUGAAGUCUGUUUCUCCCACACUAGUUGCAAAUUUCCCUAAUAAUGCAAAUCAGGCUAUAACUGUUGUGUGGAAUCUUACAUGGAACAAAAAUCUAACAGUGUGUAGAGUUAUCCUGGGUGUCAGUCUGUUUCUGAUCUCUUACCAACUCCUUAAUGAAACUGUCACGUCUUCAUAAUGAGAGCACAAACUGUUCUGGGAUCAGACUAGUGUAGAGUUAUCUGAUCUCUUACCAACUCCUUAAUGGUACUGUGAUGUCAUGUCUUCAUAAUGAGAGCACAAACUGUUCUGGGAUCAGGCUAGUGUAGAGUUAUCUGAUCUCUUACCAACUCCUUAAUGGUACUGUGAUGUCACGUCUUCAUAAUGAGAGCACAAACUGUUCUGGGAUCAGACUAGUGUAGAGCUGCAUGGGAAUGUAAUGUAUAUGAAAGGGAUGUGUCAUGUUUCCCUCUUCCAUCAACAAGUCAAGUACAAUAUGAACUACAGAGUAGCACCUUUUAUAAUGUGUCUUUGAACUAAAGAUACAUGUUUGCUGUAUUUUAUUUAACAUUUCCUCUGUGUAGUUUAUAUCAUGCAGCUUAGUUACAUUUAACAUUUAUGAAUAGUUAUUUCUAUAAUUAUGUUAUGUGUUUUUGCUAUGUCAAUCGUAGCAUCCAUUAUCAGAUAUUGUAAACCAUAUAGUUUAACGAUUGAUUCAGUUGUUUUGUGUCUAUCUUGUAGAGUAACAUUUGAGGUAUGUAUCCAUCAUUUGUCAUGUACAAGAUACAUACUGAACUACCAAAAUGUUUAAGUUAAAAAAAAAUAUUAAAUGAAUUGGAGACAGGAAACACUCUUCAAAUAGGCAGAGGGAGGUCCAUCAGUACCAUUGGUAACAAGGCCUGGGGUAGAGGGAGGUCCAUCAGUACCAUUGGUAACAAGGCCUGGGGUAGAGGGAUGUCCAUCGGUAGUCUUGGUAACAAGGCCUGCGGUAGAGGGAGGUCCAUCAGUACCAUUGGUAACAAGGCCUGGGGUAGAGGGAUGUCCAUCGGUAGUCUUGGUAACAAGGCCUGCGGUAGAGGGAGGUCCAUCAGUACCAUUGGUAACAAGGCCUGGGGUAGAGGGAGGUCCAUCAGUAGUCUUGGUAACAAGGCCUGGGGUAGAGGGAGGUUCUAACUGAUCUCUGAUGAUACAGGCAGGUGCAUAGGGGACAAAACAUGUCCUUGUCCCAAUCCUGUCUUCUUCUGUCUCUGAUUCACUUUCACUUAUAGUGACAGAGAGAUGCUCCCCUCCCCUUCUGGACAGGGACUGAGUUGAGAUCUCAAUCAAUUCCCUUUAAACCAAUCAGCCAUUGUUUCUUUCAAUCUACCUCCAAGAAAAUAGAAAAUAACAGCAACUAGGAUGAUCACCAAAACAACUAACACCACCACCACCAUUGUUGGCCUUCCUGUGUCAUCGCAAUGCUUCUCUUUGGGAGUGAUCUUGAGAGUGACAGCUCCUGGAAUUCCUCUCUGGUGGUCAGGGCCGAAGAGGCACAUGUAUGUCCCCUGAUCAGAAAGGUGUAGGUCAGUGAGGGGGAGGGAAAUGUGUCCCUGUCUGUAAGCAUCGUUGGACCCAGAAUCCCAGUUCUCAAACCGAGGACCAUAAGUUAUAUUCCCUGCCGUGACAUUCAGCACAGUCUGUCCAUCCUUUUCACAACAGACGUGUACCUUACUGUAAGGAGUUUGUUUUUUAGUAAAGCCAUAGAAGUUGAGUUGAAAAUUAGAUCCAACAAGAGCAGGUUUACCUACAACAAUGGGGACUAAAACUACAAAUUGUACAUCUUCUUGAGUCUUACCGCAGUGACACUCAAACCACCCGUUGUCAUUAAAUACAACAGAGAUGUUGAGAUAGAGGUCUCCACCCCAGUGUUUAACCCUGUUCUCAAAGCCCACUCCGGGUGUGAAAUCUCCUUGGUGCAGUGUAGCGACCGUGGUGUGUGUAACACCUGUUGAUUUACUCUCAUGGCGAUGCUUCCAUUCGAUAAAACCAUCACAUGAUCCAGAGAAGGGCAGUGUGACAGUGUCAUUCAAAACGACUGUAAUUGUAGGAAGCACUGAGGAUUCCGCAACGUAGAAAAGCAGAUAAAAAGCGAUAAACACUGUAUUCCAAAAACAAUUCAUUGUAGAUUGCGGACCAGCGGUGCGCACAGCUUAAAAACGUCUGUUGUUGAUAGCAGCUAUAACCAGCAAUGUAUUCCAGAUAUCUGGGAUGUAAAAAUAACUUCUGCCUGCAGUUCCUAGUUGGGGCCCUGUUGACAGUCACUAGGUACUGCAGGCACAGGUUACUGCCUGCAGUCCUUAGUGGUAGAGCCUUAGCACACUUUUAAAGCUCAACUCUUCGGCUUCCGAUGAUGCCGAAUUCCUCUUAACUGUUCUUGACACUGUUCUGCUCCGUGCUCCUCCCCAUUUAGCCCCGAAUGAUUUUGUCUCAUCCCAGAGGCUGUGACGAUGUAAAACAAACUGGCUACACUGCAAUGAAUUCUCCCAUCAUGCGCCCUGGUCUGAGAAACUGCCAUGAUGGUAAUCGUAAAUGGCUCAUUUCAGCAUGUUAUUGAUAUCAUGUCUUGUUUUGAGGUGUUUUGACUGAUUUAAUGUAAAUACAAAUAUGACAAAUUCUCUAGCUAGCUAACCAACAACUGUAACGAUGUAUUUGAGACAAGUGGUUGUGAAAAUGUAUUUGUUUUCAAUAAACAUUGGAGACGAAAUAUUGA